AUGGCAUCACAUCGCGAAUUUGAAACAUUUUCUGUGCAAGAAAGCGGCACAGCAGUUGCUGCUAAAUGGAAAAGGUGGUUAAGAGGGUUCGAAUUGUACGUAAGUACGAAGAAUACUACAAAUCAGAUAAGAAAAAGGGACCUCUUACUACAUACCGCGGGAUUUGAAGUACAGGAUAUAUAUUUUUCAUUAAACCUUGACGAGACUGAUACAGAGAACGCAUACACGAGAGCGGUAGAAAAAUUGACAGAAUAUUUUGAACCAACAAAAAAUGAACCGUAUGAAAGACACGUGUUCAGAGCAUUAGCUCAAAAGACCGAUGAAACAACAGACCAGUUCAUAAUUCGUCUAAGGCAACAGGCAGAAAAUUGUGGAUUUGGGGACAUGAAGGAUCAAAUGAUCCGAGACCAAAUCAUUGAAAAAACACAAUCAAGCGAUUUAAGACGAAAAUUGCUCAAAGAAGGACGAGACCUAACCCUACAGAAGACUGCAGACAUCGCAAGAGUAUGGGAAACGUCAUACAAACAGGCCGUAGAGAUGACAGAGACAGGAAGUGUCAACAGGAUCAGCAGAUUUGGAAACAAAACACCAGAUAGCGCUAGGGGACGAAGCGAUAGUAAAUCCCAAAGUACAGGACCACGAUGUUUCAGGUGUGGAUACACGGGACACAAAGGAACAGACAAGAACUGCCCAGCAUUGGAUAAAGAAUGUGGGAAAUGUGGGAGAAAAGGACAUUUCAAGGCUAGGUGCAAAACGAAGGAAGAAAACCUAGACGAGAAGAAAACGAGAAAGAACAACAUUCGACAAGUCGAUGAAGAAAAUACGAAAGAGCGUGAAUCAGAAGACGAAUACGCAUUUACAAUUAGAACAGUUCAGAAGAAAAGUGGAUCGGAGGACAACAUAACCCUUCAGGUCGGAGGGAUACCGAUUAACUUCAUAAUUGACUCGGGAUCAUCGUGCAAUAUCAUAGACAGAGGAGAGUGGGAAAUACUCAAGAAAAGAGGAAUACGAUGUAAGUCUUACCAAACCGCAAGAACAUUAUAUGCAUAUGGUAGCGAUAGUCCACUAAAAUUAAUGGGAGCAUUCAAAGCAGAAAUAGGAACACGAAACGGAAGUACUAUCCAAACUGAAAUAAUAGUACUAGACGGCAAAGGAGAGGCUCUACUAGGGAAAGAGACAGCCGUACAAUUGGGAGUACUUCAGAUAGGUACAAACAUCAACACAAUAGAAGAACCGGACAUUCCAAACUUCGAAGAAGAGUUCAAAAAAGGAUUCCAAGGCGUAGGAAAACUGAAAGACUAUCAGUUAGAGAUUCCUAUUAACAAAGAGAUUAGACCAGUGGCGCAACCUGUGAGAAGAAUGCCGUACAAUCUUCGAGAGGCACAGGAAUCGAUCAUUAACGAGCUAUUGGAAAACGAUAUAAUCGAAAGGGUAGAGGGACCUACACCAUGGGUGUCACCAGUUCAACUUGUACCGAAGAAAGGAAAGGGUUGGAGGAUGUGCGUGGAUAUGCGACGGGCAAACGAAGCUAUAGAACGAGAGAGGUACCCAAUUCCGACGGUAGAUGAAGUGCUACAAGAUCUGAACGGAAGUCAGUAUUUUAGUAAGCUAGAUAUUAAAUGGGCAUAUCAUCAAAUAGAACUUCAUGAAGACUCAAGACAGAUUACUACAUUUUGUACCAGCAUGGGACUCUUCAGAUAUAAAAGACUGAUGUUUGGUAUUAGCUGCGCUCCAGAGAUGUAUCACCGAAUACUGACGCAGGUGCUACAAGGAUGCGAAGGAGUAGUCAGCUAUUUCGAUGAUAUUGUCGUGCAUGGGAAAAGUAAACAAGAGCAUGACGAAAAACUAAGGAAAACACUACAAGUACUAAUCGACAAAGGACUGACACUGAACAGCAGCAAAUAUUCAUCCCGGACUUUGCAACAGAAAGUGAACCGCUGUGGAAGCUCACAAGAAAAGAAACUCCGUUCAAAUGGGCUGAGAGACAAGAACAAGCUUUUAAAAAAACUAAAGGAAAUAAUGGUAGAAUCAACAGUAUUAGGAUUCUACGACAAAGAUGCGGAGACUCAAGUAAUAGCAGAUGCGAGCCCGGUGGGACUAGGAGCAGUACUAAUUCAAAAACUAAAGGAUGGACCAAGAGUAAUAAAAUAUGCCAGCAAAGCAUUAACAGAAGUCGAAAAACGAUACUCACAGACAGAAAAAGAGGCAUUGGCACUGGUAUGGGCUUGUGAGAAAUUCCAUAUGUACCUAUACGGUAAGGAGUUUGAACUAAUUACAGACCAUAAGCCUCUAGAAUUAAUAUUUGGACCUAAAUCUAAACCAUGUGCUAGGAUAGAAAGAUGGGUAUUAAGACUACAAUGCUAUAAAUAUCAAGUACGAUAUAAGCCAGGAAAGUCGAACAUUGCUGAUCCAUUAUCCAGGUUGUUAGAUACAACGAAACAGGAACCAAGAGAAAGCACAGCAGAUCAUAUUACCAGAGGAAUCAUCGAAGCAGCAGUGCCCAAGGCCAUGGACUACGAAGAAAUACGGACGGAAACAAAGCUAGAUGAUGAACCCAACGAAUUACGGACUAGUCUACAAACAAAUAAAUGGGGAAAGUUUCAACGAAGGUAUGAACUCAUACAAAAUGAGUUAGGGAUCGUGGAUGACAUCAUCGUCCGAGGAACGAGAAUUAUUUUACCCAAAAGCUUAACUGGAAAAGCGCUUCAAUUAGCACAUGAAGGACAUAUUGGGAUGGUCGGCAUGAAACAAAGACUCAGAACAAAAGUAUGGUGGGCGACCGUCAAUAAAGAUGUCGAACAAUGGUGCAAAUCGUGCCACGGGUGUCAGCUAGUAGGAGCACCGGAUCCACCUGAACCAAUGACUAGACGAAAAUUACCGACACGACCAUGGGAGGUCAUCAGCAUGGAUUUCAUGGGACCAUUGCCAUCAGGACACAACAUUCUAGUAGUCGUAGACUACUACAGCAGAUUCUUUGAAAUAGAACUGAUGAAGACGAUAACAGCCGACAAACUAAUAGAAAAGCUAAAGAUAAUGUUCGCUCAUUUUGGGAUACCUAACACAAUCAUCAGUGACAAUGGCCGAACAUUCAUCGAUCACCGACUGAAGACGUUCUUCGCAGAAAAUGUAAUACACCAUCACCAUACAACUCCAUUUUGGCCACAAGCAAAUGGCGAAGUGGAACGACAAAAUAGAUCUAUCCUGAAAAGGCUGAAAAUCGCACAAGCAACAAAUAGAGACUGGAAAGAAGAAUUGAUUACAUACCUGCAAGCCUAUCGAACAACACCUCAUUCAGUAACGGGAGUUGCUCCGGCGGAACUCAUGUUCAACAGGAAAAUCAGGUCAAAAAUACCAGAUAUCACACUCAUGACAACCCAGAACGACGACGAAGAGGUUCGAGACAGAGAUCUGCUCAAGAAAGAUAAAGGGAGAAGAGACGCAGAUGAAAAACGACACGCUAAAGAAAGCGAAAUUAAAGAAGGGGAUAUAGUAUUGAUGCAGCAACCAAAAGAAAAUAAGUUAUCGACAACAUAUAAACCGACACCGAUGAAAGUAACACAGAAGCAGGGAAACUCAAUAAUAGCUGAAACACCUGAAGGAGUCAAAUACCGAAGAAACAAUACACAAUUAAAACAGUAUGUGACUAGACCGCAAGAACCCAAGAACGAAUCAAAGGAAAUAAUUACCAAAGAAGAUACACAGCAAACCGGAGAGAACGAAAUACCAGAAACUGUCGAGGCGUCGACAUUUCAAGACGAACCACGGAGAAUGACAAGGACAACGAAGAAGCCACCCAGAUUUGACGACUAUAUAUUAAAUUAA